ACACUUUUUAAUAUUAAUUCCAGGAAUAAUAGCCGUUUUGAGCUAAUUUCAGAAAUAAUACACCGUCCGGGUGGGGGAACCCGAAUUUACAAAAUCGGGUUUGAGGAACCCGAAAUUAGGAAAUCGGGGUUGGGGAACCCGAAAAAUAGAUUCUUCUGCGCCUUCUGCGCCGUGAUGGAAAAAAGAAAAAUAAAAAAAGCAUAAAUCGGGGUACUAGAACCCGAAUUCUAAAAAUCGGGCAAGAUGAACCCGAUAUAUAAUAAUCGGGCAACUUGAACCCGAGUUCAAAAAAUCGGGUUUAUUGAACCCGAUUUUCUGCCCAGCACGAAAUUUUCCCGCCUUUUCGCGUUCGCACCGCCGUGUUUUCCUCCCGCCUUUGCCGCCACCCUUCCCGCCACUUCUUCCCGCCACUCUUUCCCGCCAUCAUCUCCCGCCACUAUCUCCCGCUAAAUUUUCCCGCCACACUGUUGAAUUUUUGCCUAUAAAAGCAGGCAUCGCUACUCUGGAUUGCACAAGUUCUUGUAUCUCUAUUUUAUCCCGUUUGCUCACUCUUAGCCAUCAUGAGUGUGCCGUGCUCUGACCAGGAGUUUAGGCCGGUGAAGGCGAAGGCUGCAAGUUUACCCCCGGGUGUGACUGCGGAGCGUUGUUGGUGCGGCCGUGUUGCUAAGGUUAAGCAGGUGGAGGAUUUCUCCGACUGGUUCGGCAUGAAAUUUUUCAUGUGUGCGAGCUAUGAGCAUGAUCCACCCCGUAGUUCAGCUUCGUCGUCCACCAGGCCGCCGUCUCCCCCGCCCCUAUGCAAAUGGUUUCACUGGAUAGACACGGAGCAGCCGGAUUGGGCGCGCGAGGAGGUUGAGGAGAAACAGCGCCGUGCGUGGGCAACGUUCUUUGAGGAGGAGCGUUGGGAAAAGGUUCGUGCUAAUGAGAAAGCAGAGCGAGAGAGGCAGAUACAGAAACUAAGGGCGGAACAAGCUCGUAACCGAGAGGUGAAUCAGAAGAGGAUGGAUGAUGAGGCUGCACGUAGGUUUGCAGACGAAGAGGUUCGCAGGGAGGCUCGUGAAGCGGAAAGGAAGAGACUAAGGGAAAGAGCUGCUGAAGCGCAAGCGGCAGAAGAACGCGGCGACAAGUCUGGAAAAUGGCCACGGUGGACGCAGGGAAAGUAGUGUGAUGUGUCGUAUUGGCUAUGUAUCGUAAUUUCAGUUGUAUCUUAAAUUCCGUUGUAGUGUCGUUGUAUCUUAAAUUCCGUUGUAGUGUCGUUGUAUCUUAAAUUCCGUUGUACUGAUAAAUCCUAUUUU